GCUCGUGUGGCCGGUUAAUUGGCAACAUGUCGGCUCUCCAGAAGUUCAUGCUCGUGGUGGAACACGACAAGGAAGAAGCCAAGCGCAUCGCCGAAAGCGUUGCCCAGGAUGUCGAAAGCAAAAAAACCACCCUGAUUGAAAUUGUGCAGAUGCUCGGCGAAUAUAUCAACGAUGAAGACCCAAUUCUGCGCGGAAAGGCUGUCUCCUUCCUUACCUCCGUUAUCAAGUCGCUAUCGCCCCGGUUCCUGUCUAGACAGCAGAUCCAGGUACUGACGACGUUCUUUGGUGAUCGGAUUGAGGAUGGAGGUGCGGUUGCGGGGUUGCAAACACUGCAGGCAUUGGAUCGGUUUACCAAGGAAAUGGUCACCGAGACUGCGCAAGCCUUGUUCUCCAACUUCCAGGACCUACAAUCUCGGUCCCAGUCCCAGCGAUUCCAAGUCUACCAAUUGCUCAAUAACUUGAUGUCGAAUCAUCGCAAGGCGCUUCUUGAAAUGGGCGACACGUCUCUCGUCGGAAUCGUGGAUCUUAUGACAGGGGAGAAGGACCCCCGGAACCUGAUGAUGGUCUUCUCCAUUCUCAAGGUAGUCAUGGUGGAGUGGGAGAUCACAAACCACGUUGAGCUUUUGUUCGACUCGGUAUAUAACUACUUCCCGAUCACGUUCCGGCCGCCACCAAAUGACCCAUACGGAAUUACUGCACAAGACUUGAAGGGCCGACUGCAGGAUUGCAUCUCUUCAAACAGACUUUUUGCUCCACAGGCUAUUCCUGCUUUGCUUGAUAAGCUGGACUCGACAUCCCCAAAUGUUAAGAAAGAUGCACUCAAUACUUUGAUCGCCUGUGUCCACUCAUAUGAUCCAGAUACUGUGUCACGAUAUUCCAUCACCAUUUGGGAGGUUUUGAAAUUCGAGAUCCUCAAUGUCCAGGAAGAAUUCCUCUCGGAGUUGUCUCUGACAGCCCUGCAAGGAAUCGCGCAGCGGCUUUCAGAAGGCGUCACUGAAAUCUCCCAAGAUCUCCCUCUGGCCCAGUACCUGAAGCCUAUCACCAAAGAAUGCAACGAACAAUUGCAAGAGCCUCAACAGAAGCAGGCGAAACCCGCACAGCAGAUUCUCGCUUCGCUGUCAUCCUCCUCAGUGCUCGCUUUCGCACUUCUCGUGCAGACUGUUGUCGCUCCGAUCUUCACAAUUUACCAAGAAGCAGAUGGAAUUGUCAAGCAACGAGCUCUCUUAGACACACUAUCUGUUUUGUUCGAGUCUGCCAUCCAAAUCUUUGGAAAGUGGACAACCCGUGGAGCCGAGGUCGCUUUUGAAAACCCACUACUUGAGUUCAAGGAUCAGUUCUCGGAUGUCUUGGGUCAAGCCUUGAUGGGUGCUGCUAAAGAAGAGGUCUCUUUCCGGGUUACUGCCUUGAAGGGAUUCCUCCGCCUGUCCACUCUGCGCGGCUUCUUCCAGGACAAUGAGAUUGGUCUUUUCGUGCAAUACCUGGAUGAAAUACUUCUCCAAGAGGAAUCAGUUGGCCGGGAUGACUUGAAAAAGGAAGCCAUCGCAGCGCUUGCGGAGAUUUCCAAACACAAGCCCCGCCUUAUCAUGGACAUUACUUUCCCUGCCUUCGUGGCAACCCUGCCGGAUGAGGAUGACGGCACGAACACAGCAUACCUAUCAACUCUGGACACUCUGGCCCAGAUCAGCGUUGAGAGGGAUAUCUUCGAAACCUUGUUCCGUCGUCUGUUCAGCAAAUUGUCUAUCCUGCUUCAAAAGGAGCAACCUGGCUCUGUAGGUUACCCUCGGGCCAUUCUGGUGACUCUUCUCUAUGUCAUGCAGCAGAGAGAUAUGAAGGUAGAUCCAAAUGUGGAUCUGUACUUUGACAAGAUCGUGGUUGGGCUUUGCCGCAGCGUUUCUGAAGCGGCUUCCGGGAAGGCUAAGAACCGCGUUCUCAAUGAUGCUACUAUCCUCGACACUCUCGGUCGCCUUUGCAACCUCCUGGUCCGAUCCGUAUCGAUUCAAAAGCAGGAACAAGCCGCCGAGAAUGUGUAUAGUCUCUUUGCCUUGCCGGGCGAUUUUUCGCCAGUGCCAUUCUUCCAUGGUGCGACCGCUGACCAAGAGCGCACAGCCAUUGUGUCAACCUACCUGCUCGCUGGUCUUUCCAAGGACUGCGCGAACCGCAUUCCCCAUACUUGUCCUGAUGUCUCUCGCUUGAUUCAAGAUUUAGUGAUGCGCUCUGUCUCUGAGGAUACAGAGCCGGCCACCCAUCUCGCUUUCCUGCGCCAGCUGGCCCUACUUGUUAACAAGUUCCUUUCAAAGCAGGACUUGCACAUUGCCGAAACGGCAUUCGACGGUCUGGUCGCUGGAAAAGGGAUCCUCAGCCCCAGCGCUAUUCGAACCGUCUUCUGGCUCUCAAAAGCCUUGGUGCUUCGCCUCGCUCCAACAACGACUCAUAUUCUUACUUCCCUGCUGGGCUUGCUCUCCUCCCCAGACCAGCAAACCAGCGCCGCAACAGCCCGCGGUUUCUCCAUUCUUCUCAGUGAAGAUGAUGUCCUCUCUGCGACGAACGGUGCCACAAUUCGCUUGCUCUCCAAGCAGCGCGUCUUCACCACCGUCGUCCCGAUGAUUUCGUCUCGCAUCCGCGAAGUCAACAUCGCCGGCAACGCCGACGAGACCCAGACAAAACCAGACCACAUCAAACCGGCCCAUCUAACAGCCCUCGCCGGAAUCCUCUCCACCAUCAGCACGGCCCUGGUCAUGCCCGAACUCCCAACCCUACUCCCCCUCCUCCUCCAAUCCCUCGACCUUCAAACCCUCGACUCCGUCGCCGUACGCGCAGCAACACUCGACACCCUCGCCGUAAUCAUCCGCGACAACGGCGUAGCCGUGAUCGACAAGUGCGGACACGUCCACAGCCUCGUCGAGAGACUUCUCAAAACCACGCAAGCCAAGACCAAUUCGAGCGCAGUAAACACGCCUCGUCUUCGUGCUGACGCUCUCAAAUGUCUUUACCUUCUCGCCACAAAGCAGACUUCCGCCGACGCAGGAUCAAAUGCACCCCCACCGCCGUCGAUUUCCCCGCUUCUGCCUGAAAAGAACCAAGUUCUGCGUUCUCUCCGUGCAGUCUUGGAUGACCCCAAGCGAGACGUGCGCAAGGCCGCUGUCGAUGCUCGUGGGGCGUGGAUUCGAGGCGUGGAUGAUGCGCCGGAGGAAGAGGACUGA